AUGGUAAACGGCAGUGGAAGAGAAGGUCCUCGUGAGACACACGAUCACCAUUACCAACGUCACCAUCCGUAUGCGCACAUACGGACUCGAGCUCAUCAGCCUCAGCCCCAAGCAGCGUCGGCACUCGUGCCGAAUCCAUAUUCAGGACAGCCGCCGGUCGAUUUCACCACAUAUCAUCGUCCGUCCGCUCCAAGGUCCCCGCCUUCCCCACCGGUGGAAGAGCAGAAGCCACCCUCUUUGCCUUCAAUCUCCAGUCUGCUCAGCUUUGACGGCACGCGUCCCAGUCAGGAGACAGCCACUCAAGCUGUGCCACCACCACAGAAAGCCGCAGCAGCCGCUGUGCCGUUAUCAGAACAUCGACCGAAUCAGGUCCCGCAAGCUCCGCAGGCUUUCGGUCCACCGACGAUCGUGAGCAACCCCGCCAUGAAUUUGCCGCCAACUCCUCCCAUGGCGCCAGAGUCCGUCAUUGACGGCAACCAGUCUCCCUCCACCGUUUCCUCGCAAUCCUCUGCGACGGCGGCGCCCUACUACCUAGGCUCAAUGAACAACAUGGACCCGCAUCAGCAGCGGGUUGUCCCAUCAGUAGCACCGAUGAAGCGCCACUCGGCAACCUCGCACCCAUCCGUUUCGCCUUACCACACCUCACCGUAUCAUACCUCACCGUAUCAACCUUCACCAUAUCACACAUCACCGUGUGCGAACUCCCCUUAUGGAUCCUCUCCCGGCGGAGCAUCCACCGGCACCGGCUCUUACUACUCGCCCGACGGCUUCUCUCAGCCCGGCAUGUACUCUCAACGCCCGCUUCCGUCCAAUUUCCCACCUCCGUCAGCUCCCGUGGCAGUUCCAGCGUCGGCGAGCCCGGCAUCGAAUCCGUGGCAACAUCAUCAUUACAUCAGUCAUUCCAGCCAAGCCGCGUUUCCGCAGUCGCAAGACCGCUACAUCUGCCAGACGUGCAACAAGGCGUUCUCGCGACCCAGCAGUCUCCGCAUACACAGCCACAGCCACACGGGCGAAAAGCCGUUUAAGUGCCCCCAUUCCGGCUGCGGGAAAGCUUUCAGCGUCCGCAGCAACAUGAAGCGGCAUGAGCGCGGCUGUCAUGCAGCUGGCAAUGCUGCCAUGUCUGCGCCAGCAUAA